GCUGUGUUUACGACGACCCUUAAUUUGAUUUCUUAUUCGAUUUGGUCGGUGGAUUUGGCGGACCCAAAUUCUGAAAUGGCCAAACAAUUCAAGGUCACCAUGAGAGGACUGAUGGAAGAAGCUGGAAAACCAAAUAUUAGUGACUUUUUCCCUGUGCUGAAGAGGUUGGACAUGCAGGGUAUAAGGAGGCGCAUCACCGUUCAUUUUGGAAAGAUGUUUGAGAUGAUCGAUGGGAAGAUUGAUGAACGGUUGAAGAUGCAGGAAUUGCCCGAUUUCAGUCCUAAAAAUGAUAUGCUACAUCAUCUUCUCAACAUGAGGGAGGACAACAACGAGAUCCCCCUUGAUAGAAACCAAAUCAAACAUUCAAUAUUGGUGUUAUUUACCGGAGGAACAGAGACGACUACAUCAAUCGUGCAAUGGGCGAUGACACAUCUUUUGAAGAACCCAGAAACUAUGGUGAAACUCAAAGAAGAACUCUCGCGAGUGAUUGGGAAAGGAAAUCCAGUUGAAGAAUCGCACAUCAACAAGCUCCCCUAUUUACAAGCAGUCAUCAAGGAAACGUUGCGCCUGCAGUCUGCGCUACUUCUUCCUCGUAAAGCCGAAUCAGAGGUCGCCAUUUCGGGCUUUACAAUUCCAAAGGGUACCCAAAUAAUCGUCAAUUUAUGGGCCUCAUAUAGAGACUCCAGUGUGUGGGAAAGCCCAUAUUUGUUCCUGCCAGAGAGGUUCUUGGACUCGGCCUCUGAUUCCAAAGCCAGAAACUUUGAGUUCAUCCCAUUUGGUAGUGGGCGGAGAAUUUGCCCUGGACAACCAUUAGCCACAAGGAUGUUGCAUUUGAUGGUGGGUUCGCUGCUUCAUUGGUUUGAUUGGAAGCUUGAAGAAGGAGUAACGCCAGAGAAUAUGAACAUGGAUGAAAACUUUGGUAUUACUGUGGAAAAGGCUCAACCUUUACGAGCUGUGCCCCUUCUAACCUAAUUACAUUUCCAAUUUCUUUUAUUCCGUAGUCUGUUGCUUAUUUAUAGCUUACUCAAAAGUUGGAGUUGUAUGGAGUAUGCACGCAGCUUAUUUAUAGCCUUGUAUGGAGUCUGCAGCUUGUUUAUAGCUGUAUGAAGUCUGCAGUUUGUUUAUACCUUUACCUUAAUCACAUGGAGUCUACACCUUAUUUAUAGCUUAA